AUGAAUUGUCCGACUAUUGUUAAACAAUCCUUUCUUAAUGCAUAUGAGAAAUUAAAGUCUAUAGAGUUUAGUCGAAUUCAUAAAAUUUAUGAUAAUCUAACUGGAUUAGAUCGUGUUAGAUCCUUACAUGUUGGAGUUGUUGAAGCUGAAAAAAAUUUUAUACAGCAACAAAAUGAAAGAAGAGCGUGUCAGACAGAAGUUUUUCGGUUAGAAGAAGCUAGAAAUCGAAUUAACUUGAAACUAGAUAGUGUUAGCCGUAGUGAUGCGACUUUUUUGGAAUUAGUUACAGAAUUGCACGAGCUUUCACGUCAACAUCAACAAGCUCGUGAUAAGUUAACAUCUAUUGAAUCGUCUGAACAAGCAUCAUUUAAGCAAUUCUCUAGUAUGUUACGUCACUCACAAGCUGAAGAACGCAUUCAAGCUAGUCGAAUGCAACAAUGGACUGUUGGAUUUAGCUUAGUUGCUGGAUUGUUUGGUUUCGGUGCUACAUGGAUGCGAUUUCGUAAACUUGAUAAAGAAAGAAGGUCAUCACUUUAUUCAACUGCUACUACUGAUCAAACAAUUACUGAACAGUCCUUCCAAGAUUUAUCGUCCUCACUUCAUUCGUUCAAUCAGAGAUUAAAAAAAACAUUGGAUGAUUUAAAUAUCAUGAAAAAUACUUUGAAUGAUUCGUUAAAAACAAUGAAAGAAAAUUUGCAUUUAAUGAACAGGAAUAUCGAAAUGCUUUCUGAUGUUAAAGGUGUUCAAUUACCUGUUGAAAAUUUGACUGAGAAAAUGUCUACUAUUGAUGAAACCAAUAUAAAGUAUUAUACUUAUGGAACCGGUAUAUUAAUUUUGUCUGCUUUUAUAUUUUUUUUACUGAAUAGAUGA